AUGCCUAACAGUAGCGAAACCACAAAUGAUGUGCUUGAAUCUCAAGGCAAAUCCGCCCCUCUCCGCGUGGGCGUAGUGCUAUUCCCAGGCUUCCAAGCCCUGGAUGUAUUCGGCCCGUUAGACUGCAUCAAUGUCCUCUCAUGGACCCACGGCAUGACGUUAGCACUCGUAGCCUCAACUUUAGAGCCAGUGACAACGAAGUCGCCGAUAUCCGCCAACGCCAUAGGCCAAAGCGUGGUGCCGACCCACACAUUUGCAACAGCACCGUCUCUGGAUCUGCUUUUUGUCCCUGGUGGCUUGGGCACGCGCGUCUCGAGCCCAGCAAUUGAAGAAGCAAUAGUAUACAUCCGGAAUGUAUAUCCCCAGCUGAGCUAUCUCAUUACAGUGUGUACUGGUGCAGGGCUUGCAGCGAGAGCUGGGGUUUUGGAUGGGAGACGAGCUACGACGAAUAAGAUGGCCUGGGCCGAGAUUACGGGUCUGGGGGUGAAUGUUGAUUGGGUUCCUCGUGCGAGAUGGGUCGUUGAUGGUAAUGUUUGGUCUUCUUCUGGGGUUAGUGCUGGCAUUGAUGUUACUCUUGCUUGGAUUGAAGCGGUCUAUGGGAGCGAGUUGGCAAGGACGAUAUCGAAUAGCAUGGAAUACACUCGGCAUGAGGACCCUAACCACGAUCCGUUUGCUGAACUGCAUGGGCUUUGA